AUGGCGAAGAAGCUUGCUCAAGUCCAGGACUCGCUCGUGCCCGCGGCGGGUGCCAAAGUCGCUACUUCGGACCCGACUCACAUCCACAAUGUUUUGUUCGGCUUCCGCACGAGCAUCAAAGAGAGAUUCCCGGGCCAGGAGGGGCAGGACCUCUACGACCUCUGCGAGCAGCACUACAGGAUGCCAGACAAGAAGGCGCCCCUCUUCGACGCGCGAGGCAACAAGUUGCUGCACCGCCAUAUGGAGGCUAACCCCAGGCAGUUAGGGGGGGCCGCCUGCGUGUGCGCCAAGCGCAUCCUGGAGAAGGGCGUGAUGUCUCGCUUCAGGGGGCCAAUGAUUGCAAUCCAGGCCUUCUACAUUGCCCACGACAUGCAGUCGCAGGAGGCCGCCCCGAACAAGUUCGUGACGAAGCUCAUUGAGGCAGGGAUAUCGGUACAGAUUUGGAGAUCGGACACUCCUCACGACGUCCUCAGCUGGCUGAAGCACGAGGGGAACGAGUACCAUGAGGGCGCGCCGACAAUUUACUUGGAAUUGCUCCCUGCGGGCGGGCAAAGGCUCAACGCCAUCGAGAACAUCCAGGCUGGCUGGGCUGCACACUGCAACUCGAAGGGGAUCGGCACCGCCACCUUGCCCAAGACUGGGCCUGAUCGAGCUGAGAAGCAGUGCGAGGAGUUCGCCACGCUGCACUUUGGGAACAUUUUCGGCUCGCCAUGGAACAAGAUGGUGAACGCAAAGGCAUUUUACAACGACCUGGUCAAGCUCAGCCCCUGGAGCGAAUACAACGAGCAGACCGGGAAGUCCGUGGACUUUCUUCGCCCAGGUGUUUCCGACGCCACGGUGGCCAACGUGAACAACAUUGUGUCGAAUUUCAUGGAGGCCAACUACCAGCCGACGAUUGACCACGCCAUGUACAGUGAGGCGCCGUGGGAGGUCCUGAAGUUCUGCGCCCCCUGGACCGAGGACAACGCCAACGGCCCCCAGGUGCGCGACUCAUGGCAUUUCAUUGGCCCUGCGGCGACGAACAAUUUCCUCAAUUGGCCCAACUCUAAGAUGCAAGGCUCGACCUUGUACAAGCCGGCCGCCAAGGCGAAUGCGAAGACAAAGCCGAUGAAAGCAAAGAAGGAGAAGAAGGAACAUGACGACAAACCUGCGAAGAGGAGGAAGGUCGGAUAUUGCCUCCCAGCCGAGAAGAUGGACCUCGACGUGGGGGACGGAUCGAGGCAGAAGCAAUGGCUUGAUGACCUUGUGGCGUGCAUAUCCGCUCCAUUGGCGUACCUGGACGCCCAUCUGAUCAUGCAGGAGGAGGUGCGCAAGGCUCUGGGCAUUGGAUUGAAGUUCGCCUUCCUGAAGGUCAUCGCUCUACACGGCGAGGAGACUACGGGGUGGAAGGCGCUGCGCAAGGAGCUCAGGAACAUAGCUGUCAAAGCGCAUGGCAAUGCCUUGCGCGAUGUGAAGCUACCUGGGAUUGCCGACAGCAAGAAAGCAAGCACGACGGAGCUGACGACGGCGCCCAUCUCUCACCUGGAGAAGGACCAGGAGGACAAGGACGCCAUCGAGCAGUCCCUCGAUGAGGCCAUCCAGCAUGACCCUGUCCUGGAGGCGAUGUCCAAGUCCAUGCCCGGAAUCGGUCUCAUGCAGAGGAUGAUGGAGGAUCAGACCUUCGUGAAGGCCAUGCUAGCUUUUCUUGCCAGGAACCUUUCAGGCCACUCCGCGAACGUUGCCAUCAUGGGCGCGUGCAAGGACUACUGUGCCGCGGUCCACGAGAAGCUGGAUUCGCUACAUAUUGCCCAGUGA